AUGUACCUCAGUCUGUGGGACUGCCUCAAAGGCCUUCUGACAUUCAAUGCCUCACGAACAGACGUCAAUGGACUUAUCAACUCGAAAGGCGGCGAUCACUACUAUACCAGAGGCAACAUCGCAGACCGUGGUCCAUGUCCAGGUUUGAAUGCCUUGGCUAAUCAAGGCUACCUCCCUCGCGAUGGCAAAAACAUUACCCUGCCUCAAGUCGAGGAAGCUUUGAGGAUAUCCCUACACAUGGAAAAAUCUCUUGCAUCUUCCAUCACCCGUCCUCUUCGCCCUCUACUCCGCAAAGAUGGCACUUUUGAUCUCGUCCUCAUGCGCCAACACAACGUCAUCGAACACGAUGCCUCCUUCACCCGCCUCGACUUCCGCGAAGGCGACAAUUACAACUUUCAACCCCGUCUCUUCCGCGCCAUGCUCGAUGACGCCGGAAAUGGCCCUAUCACCAUCAGCGGUUUGGCCAAAACCUACAUCCGCAGGAACAAGGAAAGUAGAGCAGCAGGUGCACCUGCUCUCCCAUGGAAUUUGUGCCAAGAUGGGAGGGAAAUUGGAUAG